UAGCGAAAGUAAACAAGGCGGACGGGUUUUUUUUAUGGAAAAAUAUACAAUUUUUGUGCAAUUUACCAGGAAAAUUAUUAAACGUUAGCGAGGAGAAUACAAAACGGACAAAAACAAUGAGUUUGCAACCGGCAACUGCCCAAACUCCAACAACUUCCCAGGAUGCUUGCUAUAUCUCGCUCUUAGGCUUGGCCGAAUAUUUUCGUACCUCACAACCACCAAACAUUAAAAAAUGUAUACAAUGUCUACAAGCAUUGUUUACGUUUCAUCCACCUUCCAAAGUUGAGGCCAGAACACAUCUGCAAAUGGGACAAAUGUUAAUGGCUUACACCUAUAACACUGAUCUGGCGCGAACGCAUUUAGAGACGGCCUGGAAAUUAUCAGAACCGUUAAUGAAUUUUGAUGAUGUUAAAUUUGAUACUGCCUCUCUGCUGUCAGAAUUGUAUAGACAAACGGAACAGAGUUCUUUGGCCAAGGCCAUGUUGCGGAAGGCCAUUGAGCUGUCGCAGAAUAAUGUUUACUGGCAUUGUAAACUAUUAUUGCAGUUGGCACAACUGCAUGCCAAUGAUAAGGAAUAUACUUUGGCCUCGGAACUAUUGGCGGUGGGUGCUGAAUCGGCUGAUGAAGCCAGUGCCACGUAUUUGAAAGUUUUAUUCUUGCUAUCAAGAGCCAUGAUCUUGAUGAUAGAGAGGAAAACUAAUGACGUAUUGGCUUUACUCAAUUCCGCUGGUGCUAUAAUAGAUAAUCACAUAACAAAUCCUCACCAUAAGGAGUACUUGAAGGUGUUUUUCUUGGUGCUACAAGUGUGUUACUAUCUGGCUUUGGGUCAGGUGAAAACGGUGAAACCAAGUUUGAAGCAAUUACAAAUGUCUAUACAAACAAUUAUGGCGCCUAAUUGGCCGGCCGAUGAGGUAAUAUUUGGACAAAAUCCUUUGGAUAUGUUUGGUUGGCUACCAAAAGAGCAGCUGUAUGUUUUAGUCUACUUGGUAACGGUAUCACAUUCCAUGAUGGCUGGCUACAUGGAUAAAGCACAAAAAUAUACCGAAAAGGCUUUAACACAAAUUGAAAAGCUAAAAGCACAAGAUGACAAACCCAUAUUGUCCGUUUUCAAGGUCAUACUACUGGAACACAUUGUUAUGUGCCGCAUGGUUAUGGGAAAUCGCGAACUGGCCAUACGAGAAAUAGCUGCCUGUCGUGAUGUAUGUUUGGCCUCCGGUCCAAAUGGUCAAUUACUUAAACGUCAUUCAGCUCAGCUGCACUGUUUAGUGGGUUUGUAUGCCAUGUCCACUAGUUUCUUCGAACAUGCCGAAAGGCAAUUUUUAACUUGUGUAGCCGAGACAAGUGAAAGAGAUUUGAAAUUAUUUGCUAAUUUAAAUUUGGCUAUAAUAUACUUAAGAACAAAAAGGGAUCAGGAUUUAAAGCAAAUAUUGGAUGCCGUCGCUACAGAAAAUACUCACACGUAUAGUUCUCAAGCAUUAAUGGGUGGAUUCUAUUAUGUUCAAGGUCUUCAUGCCUUUCACAAGGCAAGUUUUCAUGAAGCCAAGCGUUUUCUGCGUGAAACUUUAAAAAUGGCCAAUGCCGAGGAUUUAAACCGUUUAACAUCUUGUUCAUUGGUUCUCUUGUCUCAUGUCUUCCUUAGCAUAGGCAACUCGAAGGAGAGUAUGAAUAUGGUGACACCAGCUAUGCAAUUAGCUUCGAAAAUACCCGAUAUUCAUGUUCAGCUCUGGGGUUCGGCCAUACUUAAAGAUUUACAUCGUAUGUCAAAGGAUGCCCUACACGAAAAAGAAGCCUAUGCCAAUCAUGUCAAAUAUUCUGAAAAUCUUAUAGCAGAUCAAUUGAAAUGUGUACAGAGUAUACAUCAUUCCUUAAUCGAUUGGCUAAAGGGACCGCCACCUGCCACUGGAAGCGUUCCCGCCAUAACAGCUGGGCCCAGUAAUAGUACGGUUAUUGCCACUACUAAUCAAGCACUAGCCACUAAUCAACAAGUGUUACAACAACCUCAGCCUCAACAAAUGGCCGCUAUGCAUCUACCACAUUCACAUUCUCCUCUGCAACAACAGCUACAUCAGCCACAACAGCAACAACUUCAACCAUCAACAACAAAUCCCACCACCCUUCAUAUACCAGCACAAACUGUUAUACAACAACAUCAACCUUUAACACAAUUGCAACAACAACAACCUAUUGCUUCAACUUCCACACAACUGCAACAACAAAUGUUACCGCCGCAGCCGCAGAUGAGUAUGCAUCAACUGCCUCCGCAGCCUCAGGUGAUUAUGAAUCAUCCUCAACAAACCGUACAAUAUAUACACCAACCAAUUGGUCCUCAAGUACAACAACAACAAUUUGGCCAGUACUAUUAGUUAUGUUGCGUUUUUUUUUAUUUCGUGUAAAGUUAAGAGAACAGAAAUACAGUUUGUGGUUUAAGUUUCUAAGAAAACAAACAAAAAAAUACUUCAAAAUGCAGCCUAUUACAUUUUUUUAAUAGUUUUAAGUGGAAAGAAGAUAGAUGGAAGUGAAGAAAUAAAGAAAUCUUUUAAAAAACUCUAAAAA